AUGGCCUGUACGAAAACUAAGCGUAGAGCUCGUACUCGCACUCAGCGGUUCACUUCAAAUGUCUUUUCCAUGUUUAAUGAAGCUCAAAUCAGCGAAUUCAAGGAAGCGUUCCUAAUGAUUGAUUCAACCAAAGAUGGUGUCAUUGAUAAGCAUGACUUAGAAGAUAUUUUCAUCUCUUUGGGAAAAUCGCCAAACGACGAGUACUUAAACGAUAUGCUUUCACAAGCACCCGGUCAAAUAAAUUUCACAAUGUUUUUAACAUUAUUUGGUGAGAAAAUGAUGGGGUGUGAUCCGGAAGAAACGAUUUUAAAUGCUUUUGCUUGUUUUGAUCCUGAGGGGACAGGUGUAAUAAGUGAGAAACGUUUACGUGAAUUAAUGACUACAAUGGGGGAUAGAUGGUCUAAUGAGAAAGUUGAUGAAUUAUUCCAUGGUGCACCGAUUCAAGAUGGGAAUUUCGAUUAUAAAGAAUUUACACGAAUGAUUAUGCAUGGUCAAGAAGAAGAAGAAGGUCAAACAAACCAAACAUAA